AUGUUGCCCAAGGCACUGCUCGCCGCGGCGCUGGCGUCGUCGACGGCGUCUGCCUUGUUGCUCCCGCCGCCCAUCGAUGUCGAGUUUGAGCGCCAGUCGCAGCGCGGCGGCAAGAACGGCGAGGCGAUGGCGGACGCGCCGGCCGCGAUGAAGAUUGGGACCGUCGUCCCGGCGGCCAUGGCCGGCCCGUUCUACCACGAGUUCACCAAGGUCAAGGUGCCCUGCCCGGGCUGCUCCAUGCAGAUCCGCAAGCAUGGCCAUGGCCACGAGGAGGAUAACGACGACAAUAGCGAGACGACGGAAGAAGGCCAGAUUGUGACGCUGACCAACGUCGACAACCACAUCAACCUCUUCCUCAAGAUCGACCACCAGGCCGACGGCGACCACCUGCUGGUCAACCACUUUGAGGUGUACCCCAACGUGGACAUCAACGGCGACGGUCUGAUGGCCACGCAGGCGCCGGACCACUUCCACCACAAGGGAAAGCACCACAAGGGAAAGCACCACAAGGGCAAGCAUCAUGAGGAGCACGAACACGAGCAUGAUCACGAGCAUGAGCACGAGCACGAGCACGAUGACCACGGCGAGGAGCUGAAGAAGCGCCACCGGAAGCAUCACGCCGACGACGAGGGCUUCGAGGCCAAGCACUGGAAGCACAAGGAGUUCAAGGACGGCAAGGACUUCCACCUCAAGAAGCACCACGGCAAGCACGGCAAGCACCUCGUCAAGGUGCCUCUGGGCUACGCCAUGCAGACCAAGGCCGUCGGCAAGGACGAGAGCAACGGCAUGGAGGCUGUCGCGCUGUCGCUCGAGAUCAUCCAGGUCAAUGGCGAGUUCAUCCGGGGCAUUCCGGCCGUCAACAUUCAUCUGAUCCGCACGCCCGAGAGCGGCCUGAUGAUUGCGCGCGUGGACAUUGAGGGCGACGGCGAGGUCGCCGCCCCCCCGGCCGAGGACCGCAUGGCCGAGCUCAAGGAGCAGCUCGACGCGUGCUCCAACUUCCUCUGCCGCUGGAAGGUCCUGAUCAAGUCCGGCAUCAAGGCGCACCGUGGCGGCUGCGCCGGCAAGGCCAUGGCCAAGGCAUUUGGCGGCAAGGGCGACGGCGACGACGAGGACAAGCCGCACCGUCACCACCACCACCACCACCACCAUCACCACCACGACGAGGACGACGAGAACGACACCCACGAGGACAAGCCCCACCGCCACCACAAGCUGAUGCGCCACCAUAGCUGGGCGAAGCUGGCCCGCAAGUUCGUGUCGCACAUUCUCUUGCCUAUCCUGUUCGGCGUCGCUACCGGCAUUGCCGUUAGCGUCAUUGGUGUCGCUGUCGGCACCUUUGUGGCUGGCGCGUGGCGUGUGCUGUUCCGUCGCAAGGCUGUCGGUCACACCCGCCGCUGCUGCAAGAGCAAGAAGACUGCUGCGGCUGCCGUUGACCGCCACGGCGAUGAGGCGGCCGUCGACGAGGAGAAGGCUGGCCUGAUGGCUGCGCCGUCGAUCGAGGAGCUGCCACCGUACGAGGACGACGACGCAAAGUCGAACUCUGCUUGA